CAGUAAGUGUAUUGUUUUGAUUGCAAUAUUACAUUCAGUAUUUAUUUUCUCCAAAUAACUUGUGACUUCUUUCUUGCACAUCAAUUACCCAUUCAUAAUUUAAUAAAUAUUGAACGUAUGUUUUUUGUUUACUUAUGUGUUCUAUAGUAUGACCACCAUUAAAUGAUUUUGAUAGACUUCAAUAACAUAACCUAACAUUUUAUCAAACUUCAAUAACAUAACCUAGUGAAGUAUAAAUACAUCAUCUGCAGUUUUAAUAAAUUUUUUCUAAUAUUGAGCUGUAGCCAUUUGGAGUGUACGAAGGGAACUUGAACAUGAUCGAGUAAUUAAAUGCUCCUGUUACGCAAGGUGCUCAUCAAUUUGACGCUCCUAGUUGUGAUUCUUGUUCUGUUUUACUGCUAUCAGACGUCAAAUGGUACACGCUGGAUACUGCACAGAGUCCAAGAAAAUGCUUCGACCACCGAGUCGACAAAUAUUCAUGAAGAUACCAUUACGACGACAGUGUUCUUUCCAGAUAAGAAAGAUUAUUAUAAUGUCUGGUGUAUAUUCACCAAAGUAGAUAGUAACUCUCCAAUGCGACGAAAAUUUGAGAUCUUUGCAGAGUCUUUAAUCAAACUAUCCUCUGUUAACAUUGCAUUCCACGUUAUAACUGAUGACGAUAGCAAAAAAGUUACAGAGAAAGUUUUGGCAAAUAUUCUCUCAUCCACAGGCAAAUUUAUGAAGGUGCAAUAUUAUGAUGUACAUAAACUAGCAUUGCAAUUGGAAGACAUUGUGUCUGUCAUGUCUCCAUACUUCAGCAGCAAACCAGGAACCUACUAUUCAGAUGCACUAUUUUUCCUAUCCCUAGGUUUACAUCGAAUAGCUCCAGCUGAACAAAGUGUUGCAGCAAUGUUUGAUGUUGACACCAAAUUCCGCAAAGACAUCAAGGAGCUUUUUGAAGAAUUCAACUCUUUUGGAAGUCAAGCACUAUUUGGUCUGGCCCCAGAGCUCACUCCAGUUUACAGACACGUUUUGUAUUUGUAUCGUAGCAAACAUCCUAACACAUUAUUUGGAGAACCUGCGAGUUCAGGUGGUUAUCGUGGAUAUAACAGUGGAGUGGUACUCUUUAACCUUGACAAAUUAAGGAAUUCUUCUGUUUAUGAUGCAAUUGUGAAAAGAGAAAGUGUUGAUGCAAUGACAAAGAAAUAUCAUUUUAAGGGUCACUUAGGAGAUCAGGAUUUUUAUACCAUCUUAGGAAUGGAAAAACCUGAAUUAAUUCACACCAUUGAUUGUGGAUGGAAUAGGCAGCUGUGUACAUGGUGGAGGGACCGUGGAUAUGCAGAUAUAUUUGGAGAAUAUUCAAAGUGUGAUUCAGAAACAAAAUUAUGGCAUGGAAAUUGCAAUGCCCCCAUACCUAACGAUUAAUCAUAUCCGCAAUAUCUAAGAGCACAAGCUAUAACUAUUGUUUGCAAAAGUUUAAAAGCAGUACCUGUUGUUAUUUGAACAUGUUAUUAAUCUUAGAAUCUGUGAUUCUUCAGUGGCAAUACAUAUCUUCCAUCACAGUAACAAUAUUUAAGAGAAAAAUAAUAUUAGUCGAUAAGUUGCAUAAAAAGUAUUUUCUUUUUUAGGUAUUGGUGUUUUGUACAUUAAAUAUUUUAAAUAUUAUAAGGCUUAAAUGUUGAAAAUAAGAUGCAAAUUAUUUUUUGAAAUUGAUUUUAUAUGAGUUGCCAGAUACGUGUUGUAAAACAUGAUAGGUGCUAUUUUUAUAUAAAGUGCAGUUAUAAAAAUUGUUGAACGAAAGUGGACCAAUUAAUUUUAAUUAUAUGUACUGUUGUAUUUUUUCAACAAAUAAAGCGUUUUGUGUAAAUAAUUAUUUUUACAGUUUCUAUUCAUUCAGAGUUGCCUCUGAAGCAAUUCGCUGAAUAAAAAUCAAUAAUUUUUUUUCAUUUUUAAUGGAACUAUAAAUAACAACAUACAUAAAUAGAAGUGUCGCCGUAAUAUAUUUUUACGCAAGGAAAAAUAAUAUUAAAUACAGUAUUAACAUAUUAUAUGAUAUUUACAGUAUACAAUACACCUUUCCAUGGUGAUUGCCACCUGCCAUAAAAAUAUUUCUCCAGAAUGAUCAUAAUCUAUAAAACAAAUACAUACUGAAAUUUGUUAUUUAAACACAAUAGUCUAAUUAAUCCUUUUAGAAUAAUAUCGAUAAUAUCAUAUUAACAAAUACAAUAUACUUUUUCCGAAUGAUUAUCGAAACCUUGUUAAUAAUCAAAAACAAAUUUUUAUUUUCUUUUCUUUUUAAUUAACAGUAAAUGUAAACGCAAAAAAGGAAAAAACGGAAAUUGAUUGUAUUUCAAUCCUUCGUUGUUUUCUACUAACACAUAUUAAAACUUACUUUGAACUCUGUUAAUGCAUACUAAUUAAUGAAUAUAUCUCAUUAUUAUGAUUUUCAACCUAUGCGACUGACCAGAUUGCUUCUCUCUCUCCUUCUCUCUCAAAAAACGAAAAGAAAAGAUUAUCUUUCAUAAUUAUACACACACCCUAGUUGCAUCUAAAUUCGUUGUACAAUAUGUAAAAUAAAUGAUGUCACCUUUGGUCCCAGUGAUAGAAACUUAAUGUUAAUCGUAAAGAAUAGGAAAUGUUAGUCAACAUUGACUCAACCGUUCAGAUCUAACCUAUCUUCAAUUCCCUCUUUUCUCAUUUUAGGUCAGGUUAGGACCGAAUGGCUGAUUGAACUAAUAAAAGAAAAAAAAAAAGAAAA